CCUGCUCAAACGGAGCCAUUGUCCCUCGGCCGAAGCACGUGGCCGCCUGCCGAGCGGGAGGGAGGGGGGGCCAAACAGCUGGAGGAGUCCGGCACGUGGACGCCCGCCCGCAACCAGCAGGGCAGGGUGACAAGGGCAUUGUUGUCCGCCGUGCCCGCCUCCCUCUUCCUCCCUCCCGGGAUCACGGUGUUCCCGAGGGCAGGGAGAAACAAGGCCACCCUCUUUGCCAGUGGAAAGCUCCCGUCGGGGCGUUCGGGGUCAGGCCAGGAUGGGGCAAACUUCCAUCCCACCAAGCGAAAGCCGUGUUGCAAUCCCACACCGAGACCCACAACCCAAUCCAGCAUCGCUUUGCCAAGGCGGCACUCUCAGUCUGCAGAACUCAGCAAGAGCGAAGAUGGUGGGCCUUGCCAGACUGCGUGGGCAACCCACUGAAGCUUCCAAUGGCCAGCGGGGGGAGGGGGGAUUCCCUGCGUGGCCAGAGCCAGGGAUGAAGAGGUCAGUCCCAAGGCCUGGGUCACAGACCCUCUGGUGAACUGGGCCAAUUCCAGCCCUGCAAAUGGGUGCACCCGGACAGGAAGAAAGCUGUAGCUGUGGCUCCCCCCUCCAUCGCACCCCCCCCAUCCUCAGCCCCUUCCCCUGCUUGCUUCAGGGUGACAAUGGCCGUGUUGGUCCACGGAAGCUUCAGACUAUGGUAUCCCUGGCAACCGGUUCCCUAGCAACCAGUCUCUCCGGCACAUCCCUUGGGAAGGCCAUGCCACUGCGCCGGUUCUCCCUGCUCUUCCUGGCAUGUCUGUCUGCCAGCCGGGCCCAGCUGAAGCGGCAGAGAGUUGGUGAACUGGAGCCAGCUCUGGGGGGCAUGCAGGGGUCCGCCUGCUCCCAGGGGGACGGCGGCCCCACAGAGGAGCCCUUGGUGCUGCUGCCCUGGGCUCUGCUGCUGGCCUUGGCGGGCUCCUUGGUGAUUUACCUCCUGUUUGCCAAAGAGCCGGGGGCAGCGACAGGUCGGGCUUGGCCCCUGGCGCCCAUUUCAUCUUGGUUGAAAGACAGGAGCCUCCUCUCCCUCUUUGGAGACACCCCAGAGGCUGAGGAUGCGGGUGCGGACCCCGACGCCCAGCUGGAGGAGACGCUGUUGCGCGAUGUCUCCGGAGUGCUUCACAUCAUCCGGCUGCGGCUGUGGAAAAUUGUGCGAGACAGGCGGAAACACCAGCAGCUGCUGCACGAAAGCCACUGAGGAGCAGGACGGAAGCUGCCCCGUCGCUCGAGAAGGAGGCGCCCCUGCUCCGGAUGAAGGUUACGCUGAUAGGGAAUAAAGAGGAAUUGAAGAAAAUUGAA